CGCAGGACUAACAACCACAACUAACAACCACAAUGACAGCACAAGGAACAAAGGAAAGACGAGGGCUUAAAUAACAAACACAACGAGGAACAGCUGAGACACAUUAGGGGAGGGAACAGUAAUCAACACAGGAGGGAAACACAGGGAAACACACACACCAUGACAUAAUCCCUCUAUUACAAUAUCGCUGCACUUAACGAGCGACAUUCAUACACGCUUGGUCAUGCUUUUGCAUCAAUUAAACCAACAAUAAUGACGUAGGGAAACUAGGAACAAAACAUUAAACCAACAAUAAUGACGUAGGGAAACUAGGAACAAGACAUUAGUUCCAGCACUUUAACACAUUCUAAUUACACAUUACAAAUGGGUUCAGUUACAUUAUAUUCACAUUUUAACCUUUUAACCCAUCAUGAAUUAUAUCUAUUUAUUUAUAACAUGAAAUUUAAGUAUUGAUUAUUAAGUGUGCAUUAUGAAAGAAAACCUAUUUAUGAAACGUCACUUAGCCUACAUAAGGGAUAAUGCUCGACGAGGCGUCUAUAUGAUAAUAACCUCGCCUUGUAUGAUUCUUGCUAUGUCCAAAUCGGAGAAACGAAACUGAAGACGCCGCUCGAUAUGGACAUUACAAUCACUCUUCUUGGCGGGGAGUCUCAUCUCCUCACCGUGGAUCCAGGGACCACCGUGGGCUCGCUGAAACACCGCAUCCUUCAAAGCUUUAAACUCUCCCCGGAUAAGCUUUCGUACGACAUAGAAGGACAGAAAAUAAAUCUCAAUGACGACACGAGAUCUUUAAGUGCCUAUGGUGUGCCGGCCGGCGCCAAUAUCUUGAUGCUGCUCAAGGAGCACAGGAGUGAGCCCACCGACAUCGUUAUUUUCCUGACAACGGAAAAGGGCCAGAUUCGCACCUACACCGUCCGACCUCGGGAGACGGUGGCUGGCUUUAAGCUCAAGGUUCAACAGCGGGAAGGAAUGGCCGUGGACUUACAAAGGCUGAUGCAUGAAGGCCGUCAGUUGGACGACGAGAGUCGUACACUGGAGUCCUAUAAUGUGAGAGAGGGGAGCGUCAUCUACCUACAGAGACGGCUGAGAGGCGGAGGGGACUUGGGAGAAGACGCCUCAAGAGAGGCCACGUCCAGCUAGACCAUUUUCAGCUUACAGGCAGAAAAAGGCAUAACCUUAAGCUUAAAUGUCGCUAUUUAUGCCACUUUUCUGUUCAAACUGUUUUAAUCAACUAAAUAACUUAGAGGCAUUGAUUCAAUAAUUGUUAAAUUGUUUUAAAAAAAAUCAUUGUUACAAUUAUAGUAAACAGGACCAGGUGUACGAUUUCAAAUAAAGGUUGUAAUUUAAAUUGAAAGCCAAACUACGUGUUUAUAAUAUGGGAAGAAGGUAAACAAGUAGUGGGAGGUCGCUGGGUAUAUGCAGUGUAAGAGAGCCUAGAUGGAUCUGAGACUUGUAAAGGCAGUUAUGUUGCAAAGGGGUAUGGUGAAGUGGAAGGGGAUUGACUAUGAAGAGACAUUAUCACCGACACACAACAGGACCUCUGUCGAAGCAUUGACACAGGUGGCUGUACAAGAGGAUCUUACCCUACACCAAAUGGAUGUGAAGGAUGCUUACCAUGGCUGCUUACCCCCAUGCUAUAUCCGCCAACAGCGACAGAGAUCGGCCCACAAAGCUACUUCCGUUUUGCGCUUCUCACCUUGCGUUUCAGACCGUUAAAAAUGGUAUUUUGACAGUCUGUAACGCAAGUUUGCCCGUGCCCAGAACCGCCCCUGGGUGUAUGUGUACGUGUAUAUGUUAAUGAUGAUAUGGUAAUGAUUUUAUUUUCAGAGAUAAUUAGGAUUUUCUUACUAGUAUACAAGCACUUGGAAUAGGGGGUGGCCACAGUGACCCAGGCCACGGCCCCUUAGCCCUCAUUGGCCAAUAAAAUACAUAGGCCUACUAAUACAAUUUGUAUACUUUUGCACAGUAUUAUUGUUGUUGUAGUUUGUACUACUGCAUAGGAUGUUGUUUAUAUAAAUAUAAUGCAUAAUAUAUAUAACAUAAAAAAACGGCAUCAGUCAUAUUAAAACAGAGAACUCUUGCUUCGUGUUUGGUUGGAAAAUCCCAGAGAAAGAAAUUUUCAGAGAAGGGGAAGGGGUCAUCUUCAAUUGCUUGAGCCAUUGCCCCUCAUAAAGUCUGCAUGUCCAUGCUAUUAUAAUUAUUGUGGGUGUAUGUAUUAGUGUGUGUAUAUGAUUGGCAUAUGCAUUUGCCUGAGAAAAUGAUUGCCCAGGCCGACACUUUACACAGAUUGAACUCUGGCAGACGUCCAACUGAAGAGAAAUCAUGGGCCCUUCUCAUUCCGAAUCGUAAGUCUGCGUAUAUCGACCCAGGGACUGCGACCAUGAGUCAUAUCAGGUUUUAAUAUCGCAGGUAGCAAUUUCCUGUGUAUCACUAAAAUGUUGCCCAGGUGUUAUCAAUAUGUGCAUGCUUGUCUAAAUGUGGAUGUAUCUAAGAUGUUCGGUUUGUUUGUGUGUUUAUUGUUUUAAGAAGAAUGAUGUUGGGAUUCACCAUUUAAGCAGGGAUCGGAGGAAGUUGAAAGCAAAUUGUCCCCAGCUGUUCUCAGCAGACACUUUAAAUGUAGAGCAUUUUAGGAAUAAGUUCAACCUCAACAAACCACCCACAAACAGCUUGACAUUUUGUACACCAAUAUUGAAUUUAUUACAAAAUAUUAAA